AUGCGUUCCUCUUCUUCUUCCUCCUUCCAUAUGACAACCCUAAUAAAACUGGGGGCUCUUUGUUUAGUUCUUCAUGUGUCGCUGUCUCAUGCUCAACUAAGCUCUUCCUUUUACGACAAAACAUGUCCGCAAGUCUUUGACAUUGCAACCAAUACCAUUAUCAAAGCGUUGAGAUCAGACCCUCGCAUCGCAGCGAGCAUCCUCCGUCUUCACUUCCACGACUGCUUUGUUAAUGGAUGUGAUGCAUCGAUCUUGUUAGACAACACAACAUCAUUUCGAACGGAGAAAGAUGCGUUUGGAAACGCAAAUUCAGCUAGGGGCUUUGACGUGAUCGAUGAAAUGAAGGCUGCUGUGGAGAAAGCAUGUCCUAAAACCGUUUCAUGUGCUGAUUUGCUCGCCAUCGCAGCUCAAGAAGGUGUCGUCUUGGCAGGAGGUCCUUCAUGGUUUGUUGAAAGUGGAAGAAGAGACGGCUUAAGAGGGUUUAUGGAUCUUGCUAAUAUAAACCUUCCUGCUCCAUUCUUUACCCUUAAAGAACUUAAAGAAAGCUUCAAGAAAGUUGGACUCGACCGUCCUUCUGAUCUCGUUGCUCUUUCCGGUGGUCACACUUUUGGCAAGAACCAAUGCCAAUUCAUAAUGGACAGGCUUUACAACUUCAGCAACACAGGUUUACCUGAUCCAACCCUUGACAAAUCUUACCUCGCAGCGCUUAGAAAACAAUGUCCUCGCAAUGGAAACCAGAGUGUCUUGGUAGAUUUCGAUUUACGUACGCCGACAGUUUUCGACAACAAAUUCUAUGUGAAUCUCAAAGAGAACAAAGGACUAAUCCAGAGCGACCAAGAGUUGUUCUCUAGUCCUGAUGCCUCGGACACUAUCCCUUUAGUCCGAGCAUACGCAGAUGGUAAAGAGAAGUUUUUCAAUGCGUUCGUGGAGGCAAUGUUAAGGAUGGCAAGACUUUCACCUUUAACAGGGAAGCAAGGAGAAAUCAGAUUGAAUUGUAGGGUGGCGAAUAAGAAGUCCAAGAUCAUGGAUGUGGUAGAUGAUGUUGACUUUGUUAGCUCAAUGUGA